CUGGUCUUCUUGUUGGUUGGUGUUCAGAAGGAAGAGUUGACUAAAACAGAAUUUUCAUCAACAUUACAUGAACUGACCUCAGUAGAAACUGGGAGAUGCUUGUCUUCAGGUUUUAAGCACAGUCAACACAAGGAACUUUCAUUUGUAGGUCAUUGGUUGAUUGGUUCCUGAUCCUUUUACAUUUAGUCCUUUGGCUAUCAAGAUGCCUCACUCAUAUGCAAACAAAAUAGUAGAUUCUUUCACCAGUACAUAGAGGAGUAGAACAUGAAAACACUCUAAAGUUCUCACCGAGAUAAAUUAUUCAAUCAUCUGCCUCUUCAAUCUAUAAAGUCAUCCUGUGCCCUUUGGUCUGCGUCUCCAAAAAAUCCCAGAUUAUUGAUAUUGUGUUAGUUUGAUCCUAACAUCUAUAAUUAUAACUUUAGCACAAAACGCAGAAAUAAUAACUUCUGUCAGGUACUGUUGACAAUAAAGUUGAGCAUUGAGCAUUUUUUGCAUUAUUUCAUUUGUACAUGACAAUAUUAACAAUAUAUCAACCAAAAUUUCCUCAUAGUUUCAGGUUUAUACGAACACAUUCACUUUGUACCUUUUAAGAAUUAUGCUUAACCAGAGCUUUGUCACUGAGUUCAUACUUCUGGGACUUUCACAGAACCCAAAAGUGGAGAAAAUACUGUUUGUUUUGUUUUUCUUGGUCUACCUUGCAACUAUUGGAGGCAACAUAGUAAUUGUGGUAACAAUCUUAUUCAGUCCUGCACUUUUUGGCUCCCCCAUGUACUUCUUUUUGUCUUUCCUUUCAUUCCUGGAUGCAUGCAUUUCUUCUGUAAUCACACCAAAGAUGAUUGUAGACUUCUUCUAUGAAACGAAGACCAUCUCCUUUGAAUGUUGUAUGGUACAACUUUUUGCUGUCCACUUCUUCACUGGGGUGGAAGUGAUUGUCCUGUCAGCCAUGGCCUAUGACCGCUAUGUGGCUAUUUGCAAGCCCUUGCACUACUCUUCCAUCAUGAACCAGAGACUCUGUGUCAUUCUGGUAGGGAUAGCCUGGGCAGGAGGCUUCUUGCAUUCUAUCACACAAAUUAUCUUCACUUUGCAGCUGCCCUUCUGUGGCCCCAAUGUUAUUGAGCAUUUCAUAUGUGACUUGUUCCCAUUACUAAAGCUAGCCUGCACCAAUACACACAUUUUUGUUAUUUUGGUGUUUGCCAACAGUGGUUCUAUCUGCAUCAUUAUUUUUUCCUUAUUGCUUGUUUCCUAUGGUGUCAUCUUAUUCUCUCUGAGAUCUCACAGUUCUGAAGGGCGGAGUAAAGCUCUAUCUACCUGUGGAUCCCACAUUACUGUUGUGCUUUUGUUCUUUGUCCCUUGCAUAUUAAUAUAUGCACGAAAUACUUCUGCAUUCUCAUUUGAGAAAAAUGUGUUUAUAUUUGCUGAUGUACUGACACCAUUACUAAAUCCUAUGGUAUACACUUUCAGGAAUAAGGAAAUGAAGAAUGCCAUCAAAAAAAUAUGGAGGAGAUUGUUUAAUAUUUCUGAUAAGCAUUAA